CGGAGGAUUUAAUUAUGUUCGAAUACGUCAUGCAUUACGUGUAUGAUAUGCGGUGGAUUUAAUUAUUUUAUUACUUAUUACCAUAAAAUGGUGGGCUAAAGGACGAGCAAGUGGUGAGCUAUUAUUUUCGAGGUGGGUUCGGGCAAGUCCAGGCAAAGCUAUUGUGUAUCACACACAAAGAACAAUCAAACAGCUGAGUUAAGUACUCAAGAACAAAAGGAUUGACGUCAAUACCCUCUACUUUAAAAACGCGCUUUCUAAACUUUUCUAUACACUCAGUUGGGAGUACAUUCGAGUAAACUGAUCGCGCAAUCUUUAGCAACCUUUUGAAGUAUUUUCAAACUAUGGAUCGCUUCCAUGAUAUCCCUGUGGAACUCUUUGACUCUUUACCGUUCUGAUCCCCAAGAAAUUACCUCCACUGAUUAUGCUGCUUCUAGUUGGCAACCUGACCCAUUCACCAUGCCACCCACACUUGUUUUAGAUGUGGAUGAAGCCACACGAGCAAUGUACCAGAAGCACUGGCGUCAGAUCCGUACUCGAUUUAGUCGAAGAAACAAAAUUCAAGAUUGGUACAAUUUCAGGGUCGAUACUCUCAACACCGAAGACCUCAUCCGUCAAAUACAACGUAUCUUCCAAGACCAAUCUACCGUAUUCAGACUCAACCUGUCUUUUGGUUUCAUUCUUCGUAACAACGAAACGGGACAACUUCAAUUUUACCAUGCUUCACAUAAUAACAGCAGACUGUUUGAGGAGCCGUUCCUCAUCUCCAACGCUCAGGAUUUGGAAAAAGUCUACGAGCAGUUACAAAACCUGGAUAUUCUAGAAUGGGUACGACAAAAGAGACCGAAUAGUAAAUGGAUCGUCAGCUGGAUUACAAACGUGUGCUUCUAUGUCACCAAACUCCGAGAACACCCCAUCGGCCGUUCUUCAUUGCUACCAUCUUACAUCCUCAACAAUAAAGCCAUCGUUGCCUUGAAUUGCGACGAUCGUACUGGAUUGCCUUAUAUUGACCUACUCUGGUUCUUCCGUUGUCUGGCAGUCCAUAACGGAUGUCAUACCAAGAAUUUGGAGAGGGAUACCAAGCAUUAUCUUGAGAGAUUUUGCCAGACCAAUCCCAUCGAAUUUGCUGGCGUGGAGCUCGAAGAUCUAUCAGUGUUGGAGAAACUGUUUGAAGUGAACAUCGCUGUGUAUUCUUUGGAGCCGACUCGUCCUGAAGGCGAAGUAGCGGACGAAGAACCUGAAGAGAACCAUCAGCCUGAAAUUGCCGCUCGCUUAAUCCGCCGGUCCCACUGUCGUUACCCGAACACGAUGUAUUUGAACCUGUACAGAGACCAUUUUUCUUACAUCAAGAGUUUAGCUAGAUACUCCAAGAGUUACCAGUGCUCUCGAUGUGGCAAGUACUGGAAGCACGCUUGUAUGAUGAACCGCCACGAGCUGACCUGUGAAGCUAAAGUGCGUUACCAGUUUCCUGGGGGUACCUAUAAGACCCCCAAGACCAUCUUUGAUCUGUUGGAAGAUGAAGGCAUCACGAUUCCAGUUCAUCUACGCUUUUUCCCUUACCGCGCCACGUUUGACUUUGAGUGUAUGUUUGAAAAGACCAGGCUACCAGAAGAUACAGGGAAACUCAACUGGGAAGCCAAACAUGUGCCUCUGAGUGUGAGCGUUUGUUCGAAUGUUCCUGGUUUUGACCGUCCUAAAUGCUUUGUGAGUGAAGGAGAUCCAAAACUACUGGUGAGAAAUAUGGUGUACUAUCUGGUAGAAGUCAGUCAAGAAAGUUAUAGGUUGGUGAAAGAACUGUUCGGCGACGUGUUUAAAGCAAUUGAGGAAAAGUUGAGUGCCGUAACACCAGUAGAAGGUGAGCGAGAGGAGCACCAAGAAGAACAAGAAAGUAACGAGGAAGAAGACAGUGAAUACGAGCAGGAGGAUCGAGGGAUUGACGUGAUGAAUAGCGAUGACGAGGAUGAUGAAGAGAUUGAAUCCGAAAAUGAAGAAGACCGAGCGUUUAUCGACGAUAAAAGUGAAAAUGAAGAGCAAGACCUUGGAUUUUACAGAGCUCUGAAUCAAGAACUUGGAGAAACGCAGCAAUAUAGAGAAAUUCCUAAAGAUCAGAAGAAAGAGAAGAAGAGAGAACAUCCCCUGGUCAAGUUGGAGGCUAAGCUGAGAGACUAUUUAAGAGAAUUACCAGUCUUGGGCUUCAACUCCGGGAAAUACGAUUUAAACGCCGCCAAAUAGUUUCUGUUUCCCGUCCUGACGGAGCACGAACAAGUCAAAUUUGCAGUAAAAAGAAAC